CUUUCUUUAGAGUCUAAAAGCUCUUGAGCAGAACACGAACGAACCCCAUUAAGUUUUCUCUUUUGAUUUUGAUUACAGUCACUAUCACAGCCCUCUGAUCUUCAAUCAUCAAAAUGCAAUCUGGAGGCCGCGUCGAGAUCGCUUCUUGUCGCGUUUGCGACCGCCUCUUUCGGCCUCGUACUGGCGAUGCUAGAGAAUCGCGUAAAUUAAGGUUAGUCUGUGUAGUGGAUGUAAAAUCUCUUCAAGUAGAUUGUCAGCUUAUCUGGGCUGGUGGACUAUCCUGAGCGGGCUUUUCCUCGUGGAGGUCAGUCAAUGGGAAUAAACUAAGGGGAAUAAACUAAGAGGAAAAACAAGACAAGUCACUCAACCUGGGAUCGUGAUCACCGACUACUAUCUUUAAGUAGGCUGCACAUCUUGCAGAUGGUGAGAAAUUCUGGAUGCCAUGCGCAUUUCUGCUACGGUGUCAAUGACCUGGGUAUGGAUCGCAACGGCCUCCAGGCCGCGAAAGAUAGGGCGAUUGCGUCGGGACGAGGACGAGGGGGCGCUUCAUCUAAUGCUGGUAAUUCCUCCUCUACUGCUCAACAACGUUAUUCUGGAUCGGGAGCUCCUGGAGGAAGGAACAAUAAUCAUCCGAAUCUUCGCGCUGGUACUGGUACAACCAGUACUGGGACUACGGCUUCACCUGCAACUACGGCGAAUCACAAUCAUGGCACCAAUGCAACUACUUCUACCACAACUACUAGUGUUCAUGGUGGAGGUGGUACGAACAACAACAACACCAAUGGUAGUACAAGUGACGACCCUGCUGCUGGUCUCGUUCGUGGGAAUCCAUCGGACUUAGGCAGCCUCGAUGGUCGAUCUUGGAAGACCUGUGUUCUCAAUAUUAAGGCCAUACUAAGACGAACCCUAAAAGCUCGGCCCUAACUAGAGUGUUCACGGCAGGCGAGCGCCAUGAAUAUUGCUCACCUCCAUCUACGUGGUCUACACUGACAAUACAGAGGGACGUCUUCUACUUGUGAUCUAUUAGGUUUAGCCGUUUAUCAUUUGGAAAUCGUGACUCAGUAAAUUGCUGGGUUGCUAACGUCAUUUCUAACAAUAGCGACUCUCGCAGUACCUUGGAGAAGGAGCUGUAUUCUCUCGCCAAGGGAGGCCGUUAUCUGGACAAGCUGAAAUUCUUGAUCGACGACGACGAGUUAAAGAGGAAGAUGAGUAUGGCUCUUUCAACAAGGAUAGAAGCGCUCAAAGCACUAAUUAUAACAACCGGUUAGAGUUUGUACCUCUGUAGAGAUCUAGCUCCUCUUCUUCUAACCUAGGUUUAUGCCUUCAUGCAAAAUAAUACUUAUUGGGACUACUUUCAUCAUUGAUUGUGGUAUCUUAUUGAAACUCUAAGGCCAACAACAACAACAAGAUUGCUGGACUACUCACUUCUUUUCCACUACUCUUAUAUACAGAUGGAUAGUUGAAUAACUAAUAACUCGAUAGAAGUAAGGACGACAGAUCCAACUGGUGUUCCAUAAGAAAGUUGAAGAAACUAGUCGUAGAAACCAACAUGGGCUCGCUCUUCCCUUAUCCUGAGUUGAAAGAAAGAAUAAAGAGACAGGAAGUUCAUCAGAUCACACCCUUUGAAGAAAGAAUCUUUUGAAGCAAAUGAUGCGUGUGAAUGGACGAGUGAAAACAAGUCAGCUCGUGCAUUCUAGAAACUCUUCUUGUCGAAUGGAGUGGGAAUUUGUUUCCAAAAGACUCUGAACAUCCCUUGAACUCUCAUUUUCCCAACCCAAACAGUUUUUGACUUACAGCUAUUUUUGACUUGCGACCAAGAGGUCGUUCACUGAUUAAUCAGACCAAGAGGUCUCAGACUUGAAGUCUCCGUCUACCAUUGUGUGUUCUCCUGAACUUUCAAUGGUAGCGGAGAGUGGUUUACUCAACUCUAGUUAAACGUAGAAACAACUUAGCUGGUUGAAACAAAGAUCCAUCGCAUUAAUUGUUUGGUAGACACUUUCAUGCUAUCACUGAAAUCAUUUCGUUUGUGGAAUCGACAAGUAAUGGACGCAGAUGCCGGCCGCACUUCCUAAAGUGGAGGGAACCCAUUUUGUGGACCAUCGGCUCCAGUUGGACUACAAACACUCAAGAGUAGUUUCGUUGCGAUUAUCUCGAGACUUCUGGGAGACUGUGGACGUCUCCUCUCUUGGCAAUUCUUCUGUAAAGAAGAAAGACUUCAUCACAACGUCAUCACUUACUGAGCCCAACAUAGUAGCUAUUUCAGUCUAUGACAGCACUUCCCUCUAUAAACAUCAAAUACAUCUAGAACUUCUAGAUCUUUUGGACACCAUCCUCUCCUGGGAAGAACUGAGAAAGGUGGCGGUGCGCUUUCAUAACGGGUCAAACGUUUACAGGAGGCAGACAUCUGCUGCAACAGUACUCGAGUUCUUUCUCUACCACGACGCAGAAAACACAGGCUUGUGCCCAACCUGUGGAAAGACCCUCCAGUCCUCCUAACUUCAAACUCCCAUAAAACAAAGAAAUUUUCUAUCUUGACUCUGGUUUUAGUGGAGUAGGAUCGGCAAAACACAAACAAGUUGUUACUUCACGCAUGCUUAUUGAGGUAUAAUGUUUCAUUCCAUAACCGAUAUCUGCAGAGUUUUUCUCCAAUCCAACUAUCUUCAGCAAGUUCCAACGCAAGGGGAAAAUCUAGCGGACACAGUCACGAAGGGUGGGGAUAACAUCCGUCAUCUUGAUCGCUCGACUCCAUCAGCGGAAGAGAGGACUACUACCUCAACCUUCACCGACUCGAACAAACGGGCAGCUGGUGACUCUUCAUUUCCGGAGCACCCAGUCAAGAAAAACAAGAACUAGAACCUGAAGCAUGAGCGAGAACCGAUCGGAAUCCAGCAAGACUUCGCCUUGCUCCCUCGACUCACCGUCCAAAUUCUACCAUGCGUUAAAACUCUUCGAUUUGGAACUACGUUAUCCAGGUUUUGAGGGUCGUACUGGAGACAAAAGUACAGUUAACAGAAUAGUGACUCAUCGUGACGCGGGAGUUUGCAAUCUUUGCUGUCCCAAAGAAAGGGGCCCUCGUCUCGAACAAGAGACUAUCACCAAUCUGAAUGCAGGAAACUUCAAGCACGAGCUCACGACUAUCGAAGGUGAGGCAAGAAAAUUCCGGGAAUUUGUUGAAUUCUUUCUACCCCAAGACAAGCCCGCAAUCUCGUUCUGUACUGCCUUGAUCACGGUUGAGAAGGUGAGCAAGCCUUGGAACUACCCUAACUUCUGAAUCAAUCACUUUCUUCAACCCGACUCGUCAUCAUGCCGUCCAACCAACGCAGUAAGACUCCUUUCAGCCGCGAAUUACGCCGCGAAGCAGAGAACAUGCCUCAGCUCUCGGACAAAUCCCCCUCUUCUCCCGGGACCUCUGAGGAGAGCUAUACUGAGGAUAAGUCCUGCCCGGUGGACGAGUCUGGAGUGGCGGGAGAGGAAAUUUUGACCCCUACUACUUUCAACGAGGGCUUGGGCCUCGCUGAGGGUCCUGCAUCUGGCAAUGAUGUCACUGGAGAGGUGGACUUGGAGCCUAGUCUCGAAGCUCUGCACUCCGGGGGUGUCAACGCUGGACCAGGUGAGGGGAUCAUUUACAACACAGGAGUCUGCGAGAACCAGUCCUUCAUCAACGAUUGUGCAGAUAACGUCGUGCACUCGUCGGUGGGAUUCUCGGAAGACGAAGGCUACGAGGAUGUCUGGACCUACUCGAAGAAGGUCACUACUACAGUGACACUCCUUCCGGGAGUGGUAUCUAACACUGAAAGACAAGAUUCCGGUGUCCAGACGUCCCCGAGUUGCGAGAAGAAUGGCGAAAAAGACGAUGCAGACCCUGUGGAUGACAAUGCUGGUAGAGGAGGUCCUACACCUCUUUCUCCAAACACACAACGUCGUUUGCACCUCAUCCAACGGAAGGAGUUGGAAGAUAAGGCUCGGGCUCGCGAUGAGAAGGUUCUCUACUCUUUGAUGGUCUAUGCAACUCUGGAUGGUCUGCAGGAAGCUCGCUGCUUCUUAGAAAACCAGACUACCCUCAACAACACGGUCAGUCGAAUCUUCCGGCAGAUAAAGUUGCACAUCGUUGAGUUGGACACGCGCAGUAAGAGACCCACCUUUCUUACAGAUGCUACCCUGAAAGGUAAGAGGGUUAGCAUUCUGGACGUUGAAAUUGGAGACUUGAAAUGCCUUUACGAGCAGAUGGAGUGCUCUUACCAUUUCUUGCAGGAUCUUGCCUAUGAUCUUAAGCACCGUCUUCAGCGUGACGGGAACAACGACAACUACACCCUGCCACGACGUGAUCUUACUCGAAUCAGGAUGAAUCUGAGACAGCCAUACCUUCCGUCUGAAGGUCUCUUCCGUAAAGCCUACGAUGAAACGGAUAAUCUCCGCAGUGCCACAGUCAACCUUUGCGAUCUGAUUGGCUUCGGAAAGGACAAGCUGAGCCUACCUAAGUUCACUACAGAAGACGUCAUCAAUUCGCCCGAUGCGCGCAAGGAAUACGACGAGGUUCUGGGAUGGAUCGAUAACUGCAUGCUCCGUAAGGCUUUUGGACGCCGAGCUCUCAUGGUGGUGAAGAUGCUUUGUUACAACAUCGAGGCAAUCUUCACAACCAAAGGCCUACGGACGUUGGACUUAGAUUAACGGGUGGUUAAAUGGUGGUUAGUGGACAAAUUUUCUUUUAGUAAUAAUUGAUAGGGUUGUUUUAAAAAUCAGUUUGUAAGUUUAGGUCUUGUCUAUCCUGUUCGAAACCUUAUACGUCUUCGGAUAAGAUAUUUUCGCAUAUUGCUUUACAUAGCAGUUUUCAAAGUAAUUCUAACUACCAACUUUCUACUAAGUACCCAUGCACAUUCGAACCUCCCCUAGAACAGCAAGAGAGCAGAACUAUCACCCCUACAGAGAAGACAAGAAAACCCUGUAGUAGCCAAUAUAUGAUCUGAAAGCCAUACAUUCUUACUUAAAUUUUGAAAGUAAAAAUCAAUACAUCUUCCACGUUUUCCUUUUGGAACUUUGAAUGUGUUCUGGAGGUGCGGAGUGUCACUCCCCUCCAUGAGCAGCGAGAUCUCCCACUUUUAAUCAUCGUUGCGUGGAGGUAAGUGUGGGGUAACCUCUGAUGUCUAGUGUCGUUCUCUCUCUUUCUCUCUCUCUUCCAGUAGUAGAUCAAGACCUUCAAAAAAAAAAAAAAAAACAAAUCUUAAUAGUUCCUACAUUCCACCACUCAGAAUUCAAAUUAAAAUCUCAGACGAUCCUCUCCACCUCUGUAAAAUACAAUUAUCUACUUCUUCCCUGCCAUGGCAGCUAUCAAAUCUUCUUCUUGUUCAACAUAUAUCUGACUUUCUUCACCUACUUGUAAGCAACCUUUUACAACUCUGAACAAAAACAACUCCAGGCAGGACAACAUUAAUCAUAGUAAUAUUUCCCCGGUGCAAGAAAUGUUAUCCCAAAAUGACUAGUGAAUGUAAAAUUAUCACUGACUUAAACAAGCUUGAUCCAGACAAAGCAAAGAAACUAACUGAAGCUGUCAGAACAGUCAAUAAAGCUAUUUGGAACGACCAAGUAAUUGCUCAAAACUGUGUUUGGUUUCCCUCAAAGUCAUUGUGGCAAAGAUAUCCAGUAGAAAUCACGGAUCGUUGCCGCCAACUCUCAGUAGAGCAUAAAGGAGGCGUCGACAUCUUCACACCUAACGCCUUCAAAGGAGGUAAAAGCAAGAACGCUAACUCCAAGCAGAAGCAAGUUCAGAGGUUAGUUAAAAAGAACCUGGAACUCGAAAUCAUUGGUGACGGUCUGAUCCUUCAGCAGAACGAGAAUCAAGAGGUACUGAGAAAGCAGUACCAUCAGCUGCAGCUGCAAAAAGUGGACACUGAAGAGGCAGCGAAGGCAAAGGAGGAAGCGAAGAAUAUUCAACGGGAAAAAGAGCGCCAGCUUAACUUCAUCAAAAAGUGGAACGAAAAGAAGCAGAGCCACGAACUGUCUUCUUUUUCCCCAUCGAGCAGUCCUCUGUUCGGUGCUGUGACUUCAAAGUCCUCGAGUAUCACUCUCACCCGCAAGCCUGCCCUUGAAAACUCUUCAAAUACAUCCAAAGUAAACUACUCCACGACGCAAACGAAGCAUCACUACCCGACUUCAUCUACUGGAAAUAAAAGAGAAGCCACUGGGCUUCUACUCACUUCCAGAGAAGACGUCAAUUCGCGCGGUGUUCAGAGCGGUCCGCCAACCAAGCGCAUCAGAGCUCCAAAAAUAAAAGUCUACUCAGAAGACGAGCUUUCAACAUCUUCUGAAGAGGACAACAUUGCGGAUAAGGUUGAACAGUCUACUGCACCUAAGAAGAAACCUGCGCGAUUUUUUAACCCGAACCUGGUAGCAAGCAGUAGUAGCAGUUCAAAAAUAUUGCGGAUAAAGUAACGGGCGCUCUGUGUCUAUUCUUUUUGGAUCAUUUAGCAACUGAGAAGUGGAGCCUUCCUGGUAUCUGCACUCAGUGGCUGAAUUUCUUCUGAAAGUUAUGACCGAGCCUCUUUCUCUUUUCCUUGUAUCUUCAUCGAACCCUGCGGCAAUAUCAAACACCUCGUCGAACCAGUUGGUACUACCUCAAAUUGCAAACAACAUAAUCAUUCCAGCGCACAAGCGUAGAAAAAGUGACUCUGGGGCAAUAUUAGAGAGGUCUCCUAUAGAAGGAGCCCAACCCCAGCCUGCAAGAAGACAUACCACUACCGCAGUCACACGAGACGAUCUGGCAAAGGUUCAAGGAAAAGUCGUUCAAACCAUUCUGAGUCUGGAAGCCACUACGGAAGCAGGAGUGGAGUUGGAAAGUAAAGUGUUAGACCUGCAGGCACAAGAAGCACUAAAUACCGUGAAGCUGAAGAGUGUUGAAAAGCAGGAAGCCGUUAACAAAGAGCUUUCAGCUGCUGUCUCUGUUGAACUACGGAAGACCCAGUCCACUACCGAAGCAGCUAUCAAGGAACUAGUAGACAACGCCAAGUCGGAAGCAUUGCAGCUUCGACAGACCCAAGCUGCUGCGAACCUUGCAAUACAGGAACUAGUCAAUAAGAGUACUAACGACGCUUCUCAGAUCGCCGCUGUAACUAACCAGAUUAAAAUUUUGCAAGAGCAGCAACAACGGCAGCAAGACUUCUUGGAGCAGAAAUUUACAGUCUUCCAAGAAAAACUGCUCCAAAACGCCGAGGAGACCACAGAACUACGCAACCAGACUGCCGAGGGUUUUCAAAAAGCUGAAGUAAUAAUCGCUGCCUCUGGCAAAGCGAAUCAGCCAUUAGAAUUGCCUCCUGUUAACUUGGAAGUGCACAGUUCUGCUCAUCAGCCAUCCUCCUCUUCCUCUUCACAGUUCUCGUCUCUCAAUUCCAACACGCAAGAAGACAAGGGAAAGAGUCGCUUUCCCAGAGAGGUCAGUACUGACAAAAACUGGAGAAAUAACCACGGAGAAGAAAUUCCUCGUGGUCGGAACACCAACCCUAAAGCUGCAAACGCAUCUCCUCGACGGGUUGAGGGUUUCACCGAGAAGGAAACGCUUCGACAAAGGCUGAAACAACUUGAAGAAGAAGAAGCUGCUGCUGCCAAUAAUUUUUUCUCACCGGGGGAAGAGGAUAAGCUUUUUCGGCAACAGCAGAAUUAUCAUCUUGGUGGUUCUAAAACGCAAGGAUCUUCUUCUCUUCCUGCUCCUGGUGACAACCACUCCGAGGGAGGAAUGAAAGGAUCCGGUGGGGUAAACUUUUCGCGACCUUCACCACGGUCCCAGUCCUACCAACAUCAGCGCUAUUCGCAAAAUCAGCAGCGUGGUUACAUGAACAACAGAGGAAGCUAUAGUAAUCAUGGAGGAAAAGGAGAUCACAACUACCACUACGAUCAUGGCUAUGCAAACGCCCAUGACCACGAUCACGACUGGGACGAGGACCAGUGGGGUGACGAGGAUGAUCACUACAACUAUGAUCAGAACAACUUCGGCUAUUCUGCGAAGGGCGGAUACAGAGGACCGCCCUGGGGUCCAUCUCCAAAGGAAAAGGAAAUUGCAGAACAACGCGGAAGAAGACGUCAUUGGGUCACAGCUUCCACUUCACCACAAGACUUCCCUUUUGCUCCUGAAAAUCUUCUGAUUGAAAUGGCUCCUAUCGUGGACAUCUACUUUGAAAGUGAUCAAGAGUGGAAAGGAGUUCCUUAUGUCAAGGAGUUAGACCUGGGUGACCAGAACACGCGCCCAAUAGAAUACGUUGGGCUGUUGCCAACUGACGCGGAACUCCUGGAUGAAAUCAUCAAUGAAAUUACAGCUUUCAUUGCGGCAGAUGUGAAGAGUCCUUAUCUUCUAGUAGCAAAAUUUCAGGAGCGAAGACAAGUCAAGGCUUUUAUCAAGGCCCUAAGAGAUGCCGGAAAGAAGGAGGAGUCCACUCUUAGAGCGCUGGAAGCGAGAGCAAUCACCGUCUCCAAUCAGGCUUCUUUCACUUGGUCAAACGUUAUUGGAUCACUCUGCGUUCUGUGGCCAGGCAAAUCAAUCUCUUACUUGAAGUACAUCGAUGAUUGGGAAGACUACAAGGCGGGCGAAGGCUCCUGCCUCAACACGGAAUUGGACAAGCUUAGAAAAACGGCCGUGAUGGCGGAUCGACUGUCUGACCUGCAACCUGACGAGUUUGACGAACGGGCAUGCUCCUUCUCAUGGCGCGUCAUACAGAGAAGGAUUGGAAUUCCGGAGGUGAUUAGACGACGCGCUCUCGAACUCAAUCCCACGCCUAUCAAAGGGCGACGAAAUGCGGUUCCGGUGUUUCGUUUUCUUCAACAAGCUGUUGCAGACAUCGUUAACGAAAAGACAGUCAUGCUGCCACCACGCAAAGGUGUAGACCGUCCAAAGACCCAGACGCCCAUCUAUACAAUGUCAGUGGAGGAUGAUGCGUCCCUCUUUAGCGCACUCACGGAAGGUCUGGAUGAGAUUUCCAUCAAUAAGAUUCAGUCGAAUUGGUACAACUAUAACCCUUCGAACAACCUCCCGAAGAAAACCUUCUCGGGACAGGCAGGGAAAGGAAGCAGUGGUAAUGGUUAUUCUUCAGGAAAGAACAAUCAUCAACAACCAAGCGGUGGCUCCAAAGUGGUGAGAAAAUAUGAGGAGGUGGUAGAAUGUAAACUACAGUGCUUUGGCUGUGGUUCCAGAGGAAUGCACCCAAAGCCCACUUGUCCCUACGGACCUGACGAUGUCUGCGAGAUCUGCAAGAGCUCGGAGCACAACAUGCACAGCUGUAAACGAGAUAAUGUUGGAUUGUUUGUAGCCCUAGCUAAAGCCGCAUCAAAGGAGCCUAAUCAAAAUCGCCGGUACCAUCUUCAUGUUACUGUCAAGGAGGAGAAGGUUAAGAUUUUUGCGCUUGGUGGAGACAAAAGAAUUAUUGACUUCUCCAAAGUCAUCAGUAGUCGCUCCCCUAACAAGGCAUUGGGUUUUGGGUCGCAAGACAACUCCAAGCGUCCCCUGCCAUAUCAGAACAAGACUGGUGUUAGGUUUGAUGCAUACCAAACGUCGGUGGAGCGAGAAUGGGGCGGCUACUCAGAACUGGCCGUGGAGAUUAAAGAAAAUGUGGUUGAAGACGGAGAAGUGUGCCCAGAGCCCCAAGAUGACGCUAGAGAAGAGACCUUGGACGACGUAGACUCUUUCCGAGUUGCUAUUGACACUCAGUCCUUUCGAUUUGAUUGCGAACCCACAGUAGCACGAACAGCCUUCCAGCACAAGGAUGACUCCGCAGUUGCCCUAAGGGUGGAGUCAAAGGCUGUCUUAGAGCAAACGGCUCUACACAAGAAGAAUACGUUCUUGAUGACCAAGGAGGAACUUGAGGCGGAGGCGGAUUUCAACGAUGUUGGCAUCUCCAUUGCAGAGCUGGAAGGAAUGGAUCUUCACAGCACCCAAGGCGCCCUAGCAUUGGGCCAGAUCCUUAAGCGAUGUUACUACGAAGAAGUCAGUGUCAAAGACUCACUCCCAUCCUUGUUAAGACAUCUGCAGAAAGUGACUCAAGAUUUUGAGGAUAGUAGAAGAAAUGUAGUGGGGCUAGCCGUGAUCGCUGGGAACAACUGCAUCUGGUCAGAGCGCUAUGAUCCGCUCCUAGGACUUCAAGAAACCUUAGAUUGUCUCAAGGACCUAGUGGACAAAGGAAAGAAGGAGAAGCUAGUACUAGCCAUAUUUGCAAUCUCCAGUAAGAAGACAGACGCUCCCAUCUUCGGAAAGACCGAAGGAACUCUAGCUGAAUUCCAGCUGCAUGUGGAACUACCAAACUCCAAGGGGAUCAGCGUGAAUCCAGCGAUUGUCUCCACACAGGACAUCUUCUCCAUGAACGAAAGGGUGGGACAGCGACGUGGUCUUGCAGAUGGCGGCUUCAACCGUUACAUCUAUGAGUCCUUCGAAGUAGUUGAAGCAGUGCAUAAGAGACUGAAGGAUCAUGGCAUUGACUGUGGGGCCAUUGAAAAUAUCAAAGGCUCUGCCUCAAAUGCUGGGAUUCUUCCGGCCGACCUACGUAAGCGUGCCAGAAUUCCAAUCCUGCUAGGACCCCGGCCGGCCGUAGUCGAGGCGCUCUGUCCCGCGCAUGAUACAGAUCUUCUCAUAGGAAAAGUGUUCAACUCGACUUUAAACGUUGCGGUACGAGAAAACCCUGAAGGGCAUUGGCUUGGAUGCGAUCACCCAGAUUAUCGUUGGCACUACAGCUACCCCGUGGGUGACCGCCGCGACAAAUACAUUGUAACACCGUACUCGUAUCUUGAUGACGAAAAUGGGAUGCGGAAGUGGGCAUCCAAAGUACAAGAGGGUCUGAGCGUUGAAGACGCGUUUGCUGCUGUUUUUGCAACUUCUGAAAAAGAGUGUGAACUAGAAGGACACCCUGAUGAACUUGUGCGCUCUAUUCUACUAAAGAAUCAGCAGUCUUUAGCUGAUGAUACGAAUGUCGUCGCAGUGGACAUUGAGACGGUCAACGCCGUUGUGCGACCGGUCUUGCCGAUGGACGUGCUUCAUCCUGGCCGAGUGGCCUCUGGGGAUAUCAACAAUCUCCCUGAAACGCCACUCUUGCGGGAAAGCGAAGUCCCACUGCCACCCUCACAUGACAAAUCCCAUCAGCUCUGGAUCAUCCGACGCUUUGAGUACGACUGCUCCACACUGCCCUCACCUCCUGUGGCGCUAGCAGGUCGCUGUGGUCGCAGAAUUGUCAGGCGAAUGGAAAAGGUUUCCGAACUAAUUGCGGAUGACAACAGAUUUUGGUCUCUUAACCCUGCUCUCCGCAAUGCAGUUUUGGAGCACCCCGCUAACAUCAUAGUAGACUUUUAUGUCUGGUCCUCAAGAGAAGAGAAUGGUGGCGGUACCUCCAUCCACGAAGGACAUUUUCGAGGAUACUGCGGGGUCCCUGUACACUCACACUUCCAUCAUAAAGGACAGCAAAAGCGCGAAAUUCGGACAGUGUUGACACAAAUGCGAAUUCCGGUCCAUCUUAGGAACUACAGCCUAUUCAGUGCUUCAGCGGAGGAAGAUGCACAUCACUUCAUUGAGGAGGAAGCUGAAAUCAUCAACAUUCACGACUGUGAGGACAUGAAAGACUUGGCCCAGAAGUACUCAAGAAAUGAAUUAACUUCUGCACUCGGUCCCUCAGGUCUGACAACGGAACUUAUUGAGGCCGUUUCGGACAAGCCAACGACUUGGAGAAUUGGCCAACUUCUGCAAGAAGACAAACGCGUGCUCGUCACCGACACGGAUGGACUAACAGUUGGGGUGGCGGUUUGCGAAGCAGUCUCCAACAAAUAUCGACUAGCUAAAAAACAAAGACCGGUCCAUCUGUCGUUCUCGGGAGAGCUUCUGAAACAUGACAUGACAGUUGAUGUAAAUGGAAACUUGCUCAAACUAGACAUAGCUACUAGUGAACAAGCCGCAAUUGAUGCCCAGAACCAAAUCUUCGUUGGAUCUCCAUCAACUCUCCUAAGUGAACGCGAAAAAAGGACUUGGCUCUAUCUUCGAGGAUGGUGGUUACAGGAAAGUCGUCCACCUGAGAGCCGCAUACGAGCCGAAGCUGCUAAGGAAUUCCACAACUGCAGUGAGGAGGAGCUAUCAAGGGCUAUCGAGACACUGGUGCGGGAAGCUGCCUUUCGGUUCCGAUACAAAAGAGGGCAGCGACGUCGUGCAACUGGUUCUUUCUGUGGACUUGACCUGCAUGCUGCCACUAUGACUGACACAUGGUUCAUCACCAAGCAUGGUGGUCCUCCUAUUGCGGUUAUGGCUAUCUCAAAGGUCACAGGACCUGAAAGAGCCGCGCUGGUCUUGGGGCCGAAGUACAAACCACGACAAAAAGGAGGAAUCAAACAACCUACCAGACUCCUUGAAAAGAAAAGGGGACGCAAACCCAAGGAGGAGAUCCUCGCUAGUGAUCCUGUUCUAGCUGAAACUGAAGAACAACAGAACCAGUUGCUAUCCUCCCUCCGUGGAACAGAAAAACUGCUUAAAAGCAGUGAUGGAGACGACUCUUCAACCUUUGAGAUGGCCUCAGAUGAAGAUGAAGCAAUACUUCCCGCCGUUAGUGCUGGACCUCGUGGAACUAUUUCCACCAACGACGGGAUUCCUGAAGGGUGUCACACCGCUCAUCCUACUGGGAUCGACACCGUGCGAACUUUGGUCCAUGGGCGAAGGUCAGGGAUCAUGAUGCUCUUCAACAUCUGCGAUCCUGGAAAAGAAAAUACCAACCUAAUAACAAUCAUCGGGGCCCGUAGAUUAGGUGUAGAAUGCUAUGCGACAUCGGAAGGUAACGAAACAGGAAUUGCCCGGCAGGAAGGCCAGCACUGCAUUGCCAGAGACUUCUAUGAGGAAAUCGAUGAGGACAUUGUCUUUGCACGUUUGCCCGAACAAGAAAAAAUCAACUUGAUCUACGACUUCAUCAGCUCCUCGCCAAUGAUUGGUUCGCAAUACUUACGAGGCGACACAGUUCCGGUGCAAAGAGGAUACAUGCGAGCAUGCGUUUCCCCGAUGGACCUGGGAAUCUGCUUCGACGAAAAUGCUCUGUCAGCCUCACAGGCCGUUCUACCAGGUCACGUUUACAGAUUCCAAGCCAAAUGCCUACUACGCUGCUCUACAAAAUACUUCGGGUACAUCCUAGACCGUCUUCGCUCCUCUACUUUGAUUAGAGCAAAACUCACGGAUCCGGAGUACGAAAUUGGCGAUCGAGUGGAAAUCAUCGGCAAGCAAAACCAGCGGCGACCGGCAAUCAUUCGAGACCUCAACGUUGGGCUUUUCGGCAGCAGAGUUCUAGUAUCCACCACCACGGGUGGUGCAGUUAAAACCAAACAGAAGAAUCUCAUUCGACGGACAAGGGAUGACUGCUCCCUAAUUGACUUGCCCGAACUCACGCACAUCACAGUCCACAACGUCAACGCAUUACGACAGAAAAAGAAGCAGGCAUUGAAAGGACGCGAGCAUCUUCCACCUAAACGCGCUCUCAUUGCUCCUAUAUCAGCAGGAAGUGGAAAAGCAAUAUGUGGACGGUGCUGCAAGUUUCGGCUUCUCGAGGAAGAAGCGGCUAAAAGAAACAUCCAUCUUCAAUACGGGAAACGUGCCGCAACAGCUUUUCGUUGUAAGAUGGUUGGAAUCACCUGUGAAGAAAUUUGCGAUCUUCAAGCCCGCGGGUAUGGUUUGCAAAUCUCACCGCGGACCUGGUGUGAUGACGCUGUCCCUAAAAGACUCCUCGAUGCAAUAGUGCCUGACAGUAAUGGAAUCCACAUCAUUAGAGAUGGGGCCCCUUUUAGCACAAAAGGACCCCUUCAAAACCUCUUGCAUCAACAUUUUCAAGGCAGCACCAUUAACGCUCUGAAAAACCUCUACCAUUCAUGCUCUGUCAAGAUCGUACCUUUCUCAGACAAGACCACUAGAAAGCACCUGCAUUGCUCUGUCCAGAAAGGAGACGCACGGCUAAUAGUUCUGCUGGAUGAAAGGGACAAAGACAACGGCAAGACUCUUGAAGCUGUAACAAUAGAACGCUUACAAGGGCAAAUUGUCAGGCAAUUCUCCCGCGCAACUACUUUUGCAGAAGUGGUUCUCUUCAAAUCAACGAACAAAAAUCACACUCUUCCGAAAAAUACCUGGAACAGCCUCCAAGAUUUUCUCAAAUCGUGGCAGACAAGCGUCUACCCAGACCUCUUUCAGCAAGAUAACUCAGAGGAUCUUCUUCAGCUAAAUGCUCAACAUGUUGAAACCGACAACAUCAAGCAACCUGCAAUUCAUUUUUCACACAUCUGCGACACAGAACAUAUCGUAGGAGCCGAUAUCAACUCCAUAAGGGUUGCUACGGAACAAGAACAAUCAAUAGACCACCUGCAACUGGAUGACAUCGAACUCGCUGCAAAAAUUGUUCACGAACGAGCAGCCAUUUCUGUUCACGAAGAACAGUUUAAACAACUCAAUAACUCCCUCGUCCAUCCAGAAUUCAAUAAUCUUCUAAAAGAGGUGGUCAUUCAAAAAACUUUCCGUACUGUUCGUCAUUCUCCAGUCAUACAAAAUGGAUGUAAUAAGUGCCUCCUUAUCCAGGGGGAAGGGAGUACUCCUGCAAAUGACGAAGAAGAGAAAGUUCUUGAAGGCUACGGGCAGCCCCUAGCGGUGAAGGGUAACAUUAAAAUCUUCGAAGUUCGAGAACUACAGCCCAAGCUGGAGGCAGAUCACAUCCUGGUUCUCCGUUUUAGACCGGUAGUAGACGCGUCAAUUGAAUCACAGCAAAGCGGUGUCUUCUUGCUGUCUAGGCUACCUCCCGACGUCCGAAAGCGGUUUGAGAGCUGUGAGAAAGUGACUGAUGUAGAUGAAUCCUUCCUCAUUCGCUGCGGGCUGGAGAAGGCCAUGGAAGCUGCUAUUAGAAAGGAACUGGAGGGCAUCUUCAAAACGGUCCAGAGAACCGGAAAAACAGUUGCGAAAAUCUUUGAAGAAGGCGAUGAGUAUGACACCAAGCUUAACCAGCUCAGAACGAGGGGAAUAUGGGACCUGAAAAAGAGCUCUCAACAUCUCGGCAAGGUUGCCUUUCGUCUGGUAUGUGACGGAUCAUCGGUUAAGUUGUCUCCGGGGGCAGACACGUCAUCCUCUGUUGUCUCUCAAGGGGACAUCCGUCUGGCUGCAAGUGCUACAGGGUGCUUCGAGGAACCUGUCGCGGUUAUCGUGGAUGUCCCUCGCGCUUUCAACCAGAAUGAUGAGUUGGCUCCUGCGGCAAGAAGGAGACUCAGAUUCCCUAUGAAUUUGAGGGCAAACUUCACUUUUACAGUGGCAGCAGAAUUCAACUUCUUUCCGACCUCGACAGGACUCUUCUCACUGUUCCACUACGGAGACUCGUGCGGAUCUCUCGGCUUCUAUAGAACAGUUGAAGCGGAACUCAAGGCGCGUGGGUACACAUCGUCUCCCUUGGCACCUGCUCUUUUCUUCCUACAAGGAGGAACUUCGAAAGCUAACAAGCACAUCGCAGAGGCACACCUGGAUGGGAGUCAGGAGCUGCAGGAUGCUUGCGAUAAAUGGCACUGUAAAAACCUUGCAUCUGGAGAAAAGCCGAAGAUUGAAGGCUACAAGGUAGAGCAGGCGACUCCCAAGAAGAACCGUCCAUACGUGAUUCUUCCAACGACCGUUGACGACUUCAUCCUUCUAGUAGAGAGGAGAUUCGCCGGAGCCAUCGUUGGUUCCCUGCUGAAACGUUUUGGAAUAACAGUCUACGGAAUUGGAGAAGGAAUCUAUGCCGGAAAGAGGAUCAGACAUAUUCUCUCCAAGAAGUGCUUCGAAUUCUCGGUGGCCCACAAAUUUGCCGAUGGACUCCGAGAUCUGAAAAUCGCUGGUCUCCAAUUAGAUGAACCUCUGACCCCAGAGCAGAUAGCCAACAUCUUGGGUGUCCGGGGAGAACUGGGCUUUAGCGUGAACGCUUGCAAACCAGAUCUUCUUUACGCCUUUCGCGAAGUAAGUCAGGGAUCUCUGGUUACCGCGACACAAGAGCACGUCAAAUUUGUUAAAGUAGCAAUUGAUCGGGCCAGAACUCAGAAGGAUGUUGUCUUGUGUAUCUACUACGACAACAAAGACUGGGCACUGGUGGUGAUCACCGAUGCGUCCUUUCAAGGGUCCAUUGGUCCUAGAACGGUUACUGACCCCGCACUUUUAAGCGAGAUGGAAAAUGUCAAGAACUCGGAGAGCCUCUCGGAAACGGAUAAGGAGGACAAGCUUGCCGAACUUAGCAGAGAGCGACAAGCGAAGAUAAUGCCUCUAAUAGCCUGCUUAGUGGUUUUGGUAGAUGUAGAUCAUCCUCUUGAGGAAGGAUACCGAGCCACGCUGAUCGAUUGGCAGCUUCAACAGUCUUCAGCGGUAUGCUCGUCAAGCUUUAGCGCUGAGGCUGAAAGCGGUGCUCAGCACAUCCCUGUUGGGUCCUUCAGAAGGGAAGUCUAUGCUCACCUGGGCCAAAAUAGACGGAUGGCUUGGGGUUCAGACAAUGGCGGGCUGAUCAAGAGAAUCAAUAAGAGAUCAUCGGUGGAACCUACCCGAGACUUCAAAAAUGUUUGCCUUAUUAAGCAGGAUAGGGAAAGGGAGAACUUGGGCAUAGGCUUCAUCACCGACGUGGCUAACCCUUGCGACACGGCCACAAAGAAGAUUGCUUUUGACAGUGAAAAGCACAGGGCCUUGGUGAACCUCAUGCAGGACGGGAUCUGGAAAACCAAGUUUAAGGGUGAUAAGAAGAGCAAGGGCGCUGAUGGUGUGCAGUUCUACUGGAGGGAAUAUGAUUGGGAAAGGGAAAACUAACCUCUCUGCCUCUCUUUGAGACUGUGGAAGGUUGUGGGUUUCCUUUUCUGACCAACGGGAAGCCGAAUGUGGUUUGACAUGAUAGAAGUGAAGAAGAGAGCAACAAGAAUCACUUCCUAGCAGACUUAAACAACUAGUAGUAGUAACUCAGCAAUUAAUAGUAACAGAAUCUCAAUUUUCUUUCAUAACGACAUAAAAGUGACAAUCCAUCCGUUAUUCACAAAUCUUACUACUUCGAGUCAGAACAUAUUUUCUAGUAAUAAUACAACUACUUUUGGAUCAAAAGCAAGACGCACAGUUUUGAAAUGUUUACAAACCCAACUACCUGUAAAUCAUUUCUUCAACGCAGUCAAGUAUCCGUAAAGAUGUUGUUCUGCCUUACCUAUACUUCUAAGUCUUUUUAUUUAACCCGGGGUAUUGAUAGUUGAAUAACUAAUAACUCGAUAGAAGUAAGGACGACAGAUCCAACUGGUGUUCCAUAAGAAAGUUGAAGAAACUAGUCGUAGAAACCAACAUGGGCUCGUUCUUCCCUUAUCCUGAGUUGAAAGAAAGAAUAAAGAGACAGGAAGUUCAUCAGAUCACACCCUUUGAAGAAAGAAUCUUUUGAAGCAAAUGAUGCGUGUGAAUGGACGAGUGAAAACAANCGACGAGUUAAAGAGGAAGAUGAGUAUGGCUCUUUCAACAAGGAUAGAAGCGCUCAAAGCACUAAUUAUAACAACCGGUUAGAGUUUGUACCUCUGUAGAGAUCUAGCUCCUCUUCUUCUAACCUAGGUUUAUGCCUUCAUGCAAAAUAAUACUUAUUGGGACUACUUUCAUCAUUGAUUGUGGUAUCUUAUUGAAACUCUAAGGCCAACAACAACAACAAGAUUGCUGGACUACUCACUUCUUUUCCACUACUCUUAUAUACAGAUGCAUAAGUUGUAGCAUAAAAAGAAAUGCACGAAACGUGGAAUAAUUACAACUGGUUCUACAAUGUGGCUUGCCCUCUAUCCUCUAAAAUAUGCAUCGACCUAAACGGUGGAGGCGAAGAUGGCUAUACCCCGUUGAUGACCGCAUGCGAAGCCGGUCAUUUACAAGUUGUGCGUCUGUUUGUGGCAACCUUGCUCCGGGAAAAUAGUGAAGGAUCAGCACAGAUCUUCGGAAGUAUAUUUGCGGUAAAGAAUGGAGAACAUGGAGCACAUCAAGAUAAGAUUAAGGCUUCAGUAGUAUAACAAGACUACAUCCUUAGCGUCAUCGUCCUUACCUCUUACAAUUUUUCUGAGUUCUAUUUUCAUAAAAAGGUAGAAGGGAAUUGUCUAGGUUGUACUUUAUAGAAGAAAGACAAGGAUGCUCCUAUCUUCAUUCAAGGAUGCCAAUCGUCCGGUAGCCUCUCUAAAAGUGAAAGCUUAUUUCAUCACUCAGGGAUGCCAAUCGUCCGGUAGCCUCUCUAAAAGUGAAAGCUUGUUUCGUGUCAAUUCCGUACUAGCUUCUCUAAUAGCAAGGCCUUCCGCAAAAGCGAUUAUCGAAUGGAUCUUUCUCGAAAGAAUUCAUAUGGCCAAACAGCUUUGUCUCUGGCCGCGACACGCGGACAUGCUGACAUUGUCGAAGCUUUAUUGGAUGCUUUCAAAUCGUUGAACAUGCAGCUUCCCUUUGGUUGCGCUCUAACGAAUCAGUACAUUGUUAAGGGUUACCAAAUUGCAUCCUUCCUACCAUUCUUGACUUGCUUGCUAAUAGGAAUGAUGUUGCUAAUAGGAAUGAUGUCUGAAGAAUGUAAUUGCGCAACCUCCAACAUUGACAAUUGUCGCCGUUUUCUCGAGACGGAUCGACCUGCGGAGAAGGCUCGAAAGUUGGGGCAUCUAGCGAUAGCGAAUAAGAUCUCGGGUUUUGCAGCUAAAUGGCAGAGGAUGGCCUUAGAACAAGCUUUAGACACCGUUAGUAAGAACUUGAGCUGCAGUGUAGAAGUAGAAACCGUUUUUAGUAAUAAAAACGCCUCUCCUGGUCCUGGUGGGCCUCCUGGAGGAAUUUUUUCCGGACCAGUAGGCGGGACUAGCACUAGUAUCUUCGGACGAUUCGCGGGUAGCGGAGGAAGUACAACUUGUGGCCUUUUUGGUGCUGCACCUCAACAACCACGAGAUACAAUCUUCAACUUCUCCGCUACCUCCAGAGUUUCUACGGUUUCCACCUCCACGGCAUCUGAGACUUUUAGUGCAACUACACCGGGAGGAUCUUCUACUAGCACAUCGGGAACCAGUACACCUGAAGAUGGUGCUGGAAAUGCUGCCACUUGCGACUCCCUCGCGCAACGUUGCGUUGCAGUAUGCAAGGCAGCAGGUGUGAGUGUUGUUGUCCAGAACGACGAUGGGGAUGCCGAGACGGACUACGGAGAGACGGCUCAAGAUCAUUAAGGCUUCACCUAAAGAUAAGUAAUCUCUCUCUUCUAUGUAUCUAUAGGGUGGAGGAUCUGUCUCUCAAGUCACUAGUAGUCUCAACUAGUGGUCUCAAAUAGUACACAGUACAUAUUUAUAAGGUUAUUAUUUUAUAUUAUAUGCUUGAUGGAUCAGAAUGCACCACAUCAAGGGAUGCGCAUGGGUGCAAAAAAGAGGGAAGCUGUCGCUCUAGAUUUCUAUUAAGAAUGAUUUUGCAAAGUAGAGACCAGCUCCAUCUGUGCCUUGAUUUCUAAGAAAGUCAAAGUACUUUGUGCGAAAUCUGUUAUGUUGGAGAGCGGCAGUAUGCCUUCGUGCCCUGCUUCCAUGCGAAGUUUUGCAAAGACUGCGCAAACGAGUGCUUCGAAAGUGCAGGCACGUGUCCGAUAUGCAGAACAAAAUGCACUGACAUUCAACGCAUUUAUUUAUGA